UGAGCUUUGGUUUUUAGUUUUUGGUUGAUUUAGAGGGACGAACUUAGACUUGAUGUGUUGUGAUUCAAUCAAUUAAGUGAAUGAAGGAUUUUUAAUUUUUGAAAGAUGCUGUUAAAAACAUUCGAAAUGACGGAACAACUCUACAAUCCAAUCAACAAUUUAACCCAAACUGAGCUGAUGGAAAAAUUCAACCUGGCCUUCUACGAAGCCCAAAACCUGUCGAAAACGGACCUCCAAACGACGCUGCAGGAAAAUCUAGACACCCAAGAAAAAACGAACGACGACUUCCUCAUAGACUACUUGAUCUGGGACGAUUACACGCCGACGAACACCCCGAAUUGCCCGGACGAUCUGAACUUCGAUUUCAACGAAUUCGUGCAAAAUUUCGACCAGAAUUUAAGUCAGGACGGAAGUUCCUACGUGGAUAAUUUUGACACGGAGACCUUCACCACUGAAAAUUCGUUGGACCAAUCCAACGAGUACAACGAGAACUACUCAAAAUUUUUCGUGCCCCCUCCAUUGAAGCCUCAAGAACAGAAUCUAAUCUUCGAGAAGAUCGACUUGGACUGUGGCUCUUUCGAAUUCAAUGAUAUUCAGAGUUUGGAUGAGAAUUAUGAUAUCCAGGAACUCCCUAUGGUUGAAGCCAUUUCAGGGAAUACUGUUGAUUUUAACACAUUUUUGAGAUAUGCCCCUGAGAAUUAUCUAGGAACGCCGAUAAAGCAGGAAUCCCACAUUAAAAACGAAUUCGGCCACCUUCUAACUUCAAAACGCGUCAACAACAACUUCAUGUCGAUCUCAAACGAAAUGGCCGACCAAACCCCUCAAAUCUAUCCCUCCGCUGAAGAAAACUCAAUGGUGCUCCCUCAAAACGAGGCCCUCAUCAACGAUGACGUAUUGCUCAGCUCCGGAAGCCUCAUUUUCCCUCCAACUUCCACCGCGUACGCAGACAGGUGCGAGGACAUCGAAGAAGAAGAAGAUUUGAACUGCGAUGACGUGUCAAGUACUUCGAAUUAUUUGUGCAGAUGGCAGCAGUGCUACCAACAGUACGACUCUCAAUGUUCAUUGGUUAAACAUAUCGAAAAAUGUCACGUGGAACUCAAAAAGGGGGAUGAGUUUACUUGCUUCUGGGAAAAUUGCCCGAGAAAAACCAAGCCAUUUAAUGCGCGUUACAAACUGCUCAUCCAUAUGAGGGUUCAUAGUGGAGAAAAGCCAAAUAAAUGCCCGUUUCAAGGAUGUAGCAAAGCAUUUUCGAGAUUGGAAAAUAUGAAAAUUCAUCAAAGAAGCCAUACAGGAGAGAGGCCAUAUUUAUGUCAAUUUUCCACGUGUACCAAAAGUUUUUCCAACAGUUCUGAUAGAGCAAAGCACCAAAGGACCCAUUUCGAUACUAAACCCUACGCUUGUCAAGUGAUCGGUUGCCCCAAAAAAUACACCGAUCCCAGCAGCCUUAGGAAACACGUGAAGAACCACUCGUUCGAGGAACAAAUGCAGAUCAAAAAGAGAACAAGUGACGAACCUGGCCACCACAUCAACCCGAUUUUGGCCAAGAAGUACUUCGACCCGAAAAAACAAAAAGCUGUCAAGCAAGAAGUUGGUUACUACACAAGUUUGGAGCACAACUAUUCGCAUGUCCAAUCGCCCGAAAAGAAAUACGAUUCCAAUAAUAUUAAACAAGACUUGAAAAAUAAGAUAUCGGAAAAGAAUAAGUUAAAGCAACGUGUUUUGUAGGUUUAAGUGUAAAAAAUACAACUCAAUACAAUGUUCUCAUUAGAAACGUAAGGGACCAAAUUUUGUGAUAUAAUUUUACCUGUAAAUAAACAAAAUGUUUUUAUUGAUUUACAUAUCUAUGG